AUGCCACUGAACAAGACGCAACGUGCGUUGGCGUUGCGUCGUUUCAAAGAGCGUCGUGGGGGUCGUUUGGACGACGUGGAGGACGCGGAGGCCGUGGACGACGACGUGUACGACGUCGUGGACGAGUCCGAAUACCGCGCCUUGGUGGCGGCACGGCGUCAACGAGAAGACUUUGUCGUCGACGACGACGGACUCGGCUACCACGAUGACGGCGAAGAACGUUUGGGCGACGAAGCCGAUCACGACGAUGACGAUCGUAACAAUGCUCGCAAACGGGACGCCGUUGGUGGAGCCGCCUUGACCCAAAAGGCUCUCAAGAAAGCCCGCCAUUUGGCAGCGGCGCAGCGACCCAAGCUGGAAACCGAACAAGGAACCCAAUCCAGCAUGUGGGACUUUGUCAAUCGACAAGCCACACUCGAAACAACGAACAACAACAGUAACAGUAUCAACCACCAUCACCACAAUACGGUCACGUCCAUUGCUGCUACUAGUACUACUACCGGCACGGCACCCAACGUGGACGACCUUCUACGAGCCCUCGAUGAAGACGACAACGACGACGGUAACUACAACCACAAGAAUAACUCUGUCCAUCGACGGCUGUCCCGACGUCGGGGUGGCACGAGGACCCGGGUGCACGCACGCCCGACGGUGAGGGCCUCGGAACCGGUGCACCUUCUUGACCACCCAAACGAAGUGGAUGACAACGUGGAUGUUGUUCUGGACGAUGAAUGCAACAACAACAACAACAACAAUAGCAACAGUCUCCACGACCAGGAAUCGUCCCCAUCGGUGGACACGACGCUCGUUCCUUCCAAGUCGGUGCACUUUGCUCACGACAAGGUCAGUGACAAUACCAACCACGACGAUAGUCACAACCUCACCAACCACUCCACGGUCGAUCCGCCGGUCCGCCGUCGAUUCGCCCGGGCCAAACUCGGUUCCGGAUCGGCGCCGGCCCAAAAAGGUGUCGCGGCGGUUGUACAGGCCGUGUCCACGUCGGUGCCGCCCGUCCAGACACUGGCCGAUGCCACCGCGGCCUCCUUUCAACCGCAUCUACUCGCAUCCAACCAGGAUGGGAC